AUGCUCAGACUUGGCCCGAUGUCGAUGGUGAAGAUGGUGAGGCAGCAGCGUGCAGAAGAGCCAUCAAUCCUCUGCUCGACCUGGAGUGUUGAGGUAGUGAUGUUGACCCUGGCUCUCUGCCGCCACUUUGAGGACUUUCACAUGUCCCAGCACUGCUCUGUAAUUACACUCCGCUGCCAGCUGGGGACGUGCAGUCCGGCUCACAAACCUGUCACUGACAUCAGCAUCACCACAGACGUGUGCCGGAAAAACCGAGAGAGGGGGAGAGACGGGGAGAGUCACACAACUUCCUUUUUGGUAUAUUUUUUAUGUUUUGCCACAGAUGCAGGGAACCAGUUUGCAGCUCAAGAGGCAGUGAGGAAACCCUCCAUGCUACGGCGGCCCCCUGCUCGCACAGGAGAGACUAUCUCAAAUUGUCUCAACUGCAGUCAAAUCACAGCUCUGAGUGAGAAGAUGAACUCGCUGGAGGCAAAGGUGCAAUUACUCACAGCGCCAACCAGCGUAUCACAUCGCCACCUUCAGAGCAAAGGAGGAACAUCUGUGGAGGCCUCACUGCUGAUGGGGGCUGCGCCCGCACAGGGAGCUCCGGGCGAGCAGGGACCUGCAGGUAUCAAACAGGUCCUCGGGGUGAGAAAGGGAGAGAUGGGAUUCCUGGCAGGGAUGGUAGGACAGGGUCUCGAGGGCUGCCAGGUCCACUUGGGCCCCGCGGGGAUGCUGGUGCAAGGGGUCCAUCUGGAGCCCCUGGAUCGAAGGGAUCCCAAGGACCUGCAGGCCCGCGUGGACCACCGGGACUCCCAGGAGAGAAAGGUCUACCAGGCCCGCCCGGGCCCCCAGGGCCUCCAGGCCCCCCAUCUCCAGCCAGUGCCCACAUCCCAGAACCAGACCACGAUCGUGGAAAAGACCCUUUCUUCAGCAACACUUUCCAUGACUCAAGAGGUCUACCUGUUCCAGGACCUCAGGGUCCUCCCGGGCCUAUUGGGCCACCAGGUUCCAGAGGACCCACGGGACCUCCUGGCCCCCAAGGGCAGAAUGGCAAACCUGGAGGUCCCGGAGCACAGGGCCCGGUGGGGCCAAAGGGAGAACGCGGGGAGAGAGGUCCUCUGGGUUACCCAGGAGAGAGGGGCUUCAGAGGGGAGCCGGGAGCACCAGGUCCCAAAGGAGAUCCGGGAGAGAAGGGCUUGCCGACUGAUGUUACGACACUGUCUUCUUGACCCUAAAGCUGACAUUAGCUUGCAGAUGUUCCACGACUUGCAGGCAGACCUUGAGCUUCUGGCUCGCAGGGUGACUCUGCUGGAGGCUAUCAUCUGGCCAGAGCCUGAUCUAGGGUCUGGGGACGGACCGUUUGGCACAGCCUCCCCUAGUUUCUACAGAGAUAAGCGAGCAGGUGUACUUCCACAUCGACUUGCUUCCCCUCUGUCCUCCAACACCAAGACUCGAGGGAAGUAG